CACUAGUUAGAUCCGGUUUUAGUGCCGUCUAUAUACAUUCCACUAGUUAGAUCCGUUUUAGUGCUGUCUAUAUACAUGUGCAUUGCACUAGUUAGAUCCGGUUUUAGUACCGUCUAUAUACAUGUGCAUUACACUAGUUAAUUCCGGUUUUAGUACCGUCUAUAUACGAGGGUUGUUCGAUGUGUAAUGUGUAUUGUACCACAGCACGAUAACGCUUUGCACGAUUUCGUAGAUGAUGAUACUCUUGAAUAGCUCUAUUCAAUGCAAGGUGAAGAUAACGAACAGUGAUCAAUCUCAUAACUCCUACAAGCAAUACAGAAUAAAUAGUUGGGCAAACACGGACCCCUGGACACACCAGAGGUGGGAUCAGGUGCCUAGGAGGACUAAGCAUCCCGUUGACCGGUCACAUACCUUUCCACGGUAUAAACACGAGCCUUCAGCUCCACAUAAUUUUAAACUUAUCGUCAUUUCAAUAGACCCAGUCGUUGACCACUGUUGUAAAAAUGGUUGGGAAACGGUUUGAGAAUAUUGAAAAAAAUUAGAGCUUAUAUAAAAGUUAACACAAAACUCGGUCAUUCGGUAAAGCAGACUUUUACUGAAUCGGGGGAAGUUUAUGGGUCUGAUAAGGUAUUUUAUAAGACAGUUUGUACAUGUAGGUGGAGAAAGAAAUUUCUGACUGGCACAGAGUCCGUCAAAGAUGCAGCAAAAUUUGGCCGACCUGUGGCUGUAACAGACAAGGCAAAAAUCAGGGAAAUAAUUGAAAGUGAUGACAGAUCUAUACACGAUUCGUGAUAUUGCUAAAGUUGUUGGUAUUCUAGUAUAUCGCUAUUGCGGGUGCAUUUCAUUUUUAAAAGUGUAUUUUGAAAGUACGAGAGAUUCUGGCCAGAUGGAUACCGCAUAUAUUGACAGAUGACCAAAAACGGGUACGAGUACAAACCGCUAAGCAAUUACUCACAAUGUUUCCCAAAUUCAAUGAAAGACAAUUUGCAAACAUUGUUACUGGUGACGAAACAUGGGUUCACAAUUUCGAACCAGUAAGAAAAAUUGGAAACAAAAUAUGGCUAAUUAAACACGGUAGAAGGCCUGUAGUUUCCAAAAGAACCAUAAGCACUGUGAUGGUAUAGCCGUACAAUUUCCGGUGCCGAAGAACAAAGGUGUUACAGGUAGGUAUUAUCGAGAUGUUCUACUAAAGAAGCUCUCAAGAAAUAUUAUCACGAACGACGCCCUGUGUCAGCUCUAGCCCCAUGCGACUUUUUCCUUUUUACAAAACUUAAAAAGUUCUUAUCUAGUCGUCGCUACAAGUCCCGACAAGUCUUUGACUCAGCCAGCAGUCCGUGCCUCAGAGGUCUACCUAAAUCAGCGUACCGUGACGCAUUUCAGAAAAUUGAUUCAGAGAUUGAAAUUAUGUAUUUCAAACCGCGGAGAAUACUUUGAAGGGAUGUAUUGUUCAUUUCACUAUUUGAGUCGAAUCUUUUGAGAUAUCGUACUAUACACAUUACAUAUCGAACGACCCUCGUAGUUAUAUCCUAUUCCCAAGACGAUGCAAUAUAUACAUACAUACAUACAACACCCUUUUACUCCCUGGUUCUUUAUUGUUUGUAACCAAAGUUCUCUUUGAGCCUUGGGGCAUCUAUACCUGUGUGGUCACUUACAGACAUGUGAUUAAGGUCAGGUGGUUUUCUAAACCAAUAGUUACUUAUUCUAUUUUCCCGCUAUUUAAAAAGUCCCUAGUCUUUGUUCAUACCAAAGUCAGACUUCAGACAACUCUCCGAGAGGAAGGACUAUGUUUUAUAUUGAGUAUAACUUAAAAUAGAAUUGAAGAUCUGGACAUUAUGGACAUAAUUACUGAUAUUCUGAAUUGAAACCUCGAGCCUCAUUAAUUGACUGAUGUGAGAUUACGUACUACCUUGUUCCACAAACAGGGUUUUUCUCCCUCUCAGAAAUCCUGAUUUCAAAUUGUGUCAGUAAAUGCAGAACCCAUAUAGCCUUGUUGUCAUCUUUCAUUCCACAACAUAAUAAGGCUAUCACAAUUAAACGGUGCAUCAGCUUAUUGAAACAUUAUUCCAUAGAGAAAACCAAAGAGGGGUAGACUUAUAUUGCAUCAUGGUUUUUGCUGAUUUUUCAAAGGCAUUUGAUCAUGUAUAACAUAAGCUAGGGACGUCUUUUUAAGCUACAGCUUACAGAGUCAGUGGUAAUUUAACUUGCUACAACGGUUUCAAGCUUUUGCCAUUGGAGUCCCUCAAGGGAUCUUCAUUGGGUCCUCUUUUAUUUUUGUGUGGCCUAUAUAUCGGUGACAAGUAAAGCUUACAUGUAUGAAUAAUUUAUCCUAGAUUCCCUUCCUAAGACAAAAUUUUAUAUUUGUUACUUUUUGGGGGACAGAGGAGUACGUAAUCAGAUACGGGAAAAUAUUUCAGUUAUAGUUUCAUUUUAAAUGAAUUACCAACUAGAAUGUUUAAAUUUCAAAUCCAUAAAUUGUGGCCAUUGUUGGGCAUUAAAGAUACAGUCCUUUACAUGGGAACUGAAUUACUUCUGUCAAGCUAAGUAUUGUAUUUAAAAGAAAUUUGUCUCUUAUGAUAUAUUUGCAUUCUAUUUUCAUUUCUGUUAGGUUCAAUGAGUUCCCUGUAUAAAGUAUUUACAAGUAGCAGUUGGGCCGCAGACUCACCCAUCUACCCACCCUUAAUUGGAUUCGGGUUUGAAAUCCUUAUACAGGAAAUGACGUCCUUGGAUGCCAAAGUUGUUUAAAAAUGGCAGGUCCUAAGAGUAGAGUUGCAGGUGGUGGCUUUUGGAGCCAGCCACAAGUUCAGUACAGUGCUGGCACACACCAAUUGCUAAAAGAUAUGAUGCAGGAGUCAAAAUUGACAAAUUUUCAACAAAGACAUCUUGAGAAGACCUUAAGAGGUGGUGGUCCAUUGCCCACACAGUGUGCCCCUACAAGCAGUUCAAAGAAAAAACCUACAUCUGCCCCGCAGAAGAAGCAAUCAAAAGUGCUCAAUGCCAGGAACUACAAACCAGUGUUAAGAACAAAAGAACAGAUGGAGGAAAUGGGUGCAUUUGAAAAGCCAGAUUACACACCACUGCCAAACACUAGAGGUCAAGACAAGGAUAGACAGAGAGAAAGACUAGCAAACAUCAUGGCAUUCGGUAAAGAUAUUGACCCCAAGAGAGAUAGAAAAAUGGCCAGAUCUCGACCCCCACCCCCAGAAGAUGACGACACUCAAAUUGACAGAUUUGAUGAAUUACAACUUGAAAUUGAUGAAAGAAGAGCGUUUUUGAGCGAGAUGGAGCAACACGGACAGGGAGCCAAGUAUCGACCUGUCAUUGAGACAGAAAUAUCUCAGAAAAUUCGUGAGAUGGAGUUGAUAGAUAAAAAGAGAACUGCCGAGUUGGAGAGAUUGCUGGAAGCAGACAGAAAAAAACAGCAGUCCUCCUCAUGACCACACCCAAAUGAUCUCCAAUCUGUACUAUAGAAAACGCUGGGAUGAAUACUGACCUACAGGCAUAUGUUGGUACACAGCAUAUUGAGAGUGGAGGACUAAGAUCCACCUCGUGUUAGCUUUGACUGACAUGUACAUUCACAAGGCAGGGUGUGGUUUUCAUUCUAUAGAGACAUGUUUGUACAGUGUACAAUAUGCUUUUUCCAAAUGUACAAGCUAGUUUACAGAGCUACUGAAAUAUAUAGCAUUAAUUUAUUUGUUGUUUGCAUUAUUGUAAAACAAGUUACACUGUAUUUACCGCAGUUUUAACAUUAUUAAUGUAGCAUCCGUCCACACUUUUGAAUUUGGUCAAGAGUAUAUUCACCUUUCAGUAAAUAAUCAGAUGGUGGGGGUUGUAUAUGAUCACUGUUCGUUAUCUUCACCUUUCAUCUGAACUUUUUUUGUAUUUGAUAAACUUGUAUGCUGUAUGUUGAUCCAUUCAGGAUUUAUGAUUUUCAAGUGUAUAUGACAUGUGCGUAUCAUUAAAAUGAUUUACCAGUCAUGAAGAAUAAAA